AUGGAAGAAAUUCCAACAUUAAAGAUUCUUACAUUAGGGGAUGCUAGUGUUGGUAAAACUUGUAUUCUUCUCCGAUUCUCUGAAGAUGAAUUUCCUACAGUAACAAUGCCAACUAUAGGAAUUGAAUAUAAAACAAAAAUUGUUCAAAUCCAAGGAAACCAAGUUAAGUUGCAGGUAUGGGACACUGCAGGACAAGAGCGUUACCACCGUACAUUGGCAAGCACUUUUUAUCGUCGUGCGCAUGGUAUUGUGCUUGUUUUUGACCUGACUGAUAGAAAUUCCUUACUCUUUCAAUAAUUUUUUAGCAAAAGGCUUAUAAAAUAUUAUUUGAAAAAAUAGGGCAAACAUUAGCUUCAGUCUCAUGAUAUUGCGAGGAGUUAGAUCAUGUUGAAAAUUGGAUGAAACAAAUCAGGCAAAAAGCUGAUCCCAAAGUUGCAAUUAUUUUAGUAGGAAAUAAAAUGGACUUAUAUGAUCAAACAACUUUUCCUGAUGGGAAAACACUUGCUGAUUCAUAUGGAAUUCCGUUUUUUAUGGUGAGUGCUAAGACUGGAAAAAAUAUUGCAGAAGUAUAUAACACUCUUUCAGAUAUGAUUGUGAGACAAGAUCCAACUGUAUUGCAAGGGAAUAAUACAGCACCUUCAACUAUUCAGGUUAGAACCCUGCCUGAAGUUCAAAAGAAAGAAAAUAUGUGCUGCAAAUAA